AUGGGGUGUUGCAAAUCGAAGGAAAAAGCGGUGGAGGAAAACUACGCGUUCUACAAACACCCGCCACACAUCAUGUUCCUGGGUCCGCCAGGCGUGGGAAAGUCCACGCUCUUCUUCCGGACGGUCAUGCCAGGCUGGGCAGACAUCACCCAAGGCAUGGAGCCGACGAAAGCCUUCUACCACGAAGUCGUCGUGCGAGGCGGGUGGACUCUGAAUCUGUGGGACUUAUCUGGCAACCCAGCGCUGCAGCGGUCGUGGGCAGGGCUGUAUCGAUACGUGAAGAUGUGGGCGGCGGUCUACGUGGUGAGUUUGACCGACACGAAUCCUGAGCGGAUCGCGCGGAAUCGCGCAGACUUGCGUGCGUUGCUCUCGGAUGACUGUCUCUGCGACUCGGCGGUCGUGGUGAUCAUGAACACAUUCGGCAUGGCGAUCGAGUCGGUUCCGAUCCCUCCCAACGAGAUGGCGUCGCGCCUGGGGCUCCUCGAGGCCGAAGACACCACGUCCGCAGAGCGGCUGUCGUGGUUUGUCGUGAACGCCAAGGAGGGCGAAAAAGACACGCAGUGGCAAGAGGCGCUCAAGUUCCUUUUGGCGCGCUUCGCGUGCAUGCUGGCGGCGCACACGGAGGGCGCGGCUGCGCCGAAAGCCAAAAAAGGCGCGAAAAAGCAAAAAGCCAAGGCCUGA